AUGGAGCAUAAAGAACUUGAAGAGAAAGUGGAAAAGGAAGUGAAUUAUUCGAAACCUCUAAUGUCAAUGCCAAUGAUUUUCGAGUUGUUUCUUUUUACAAGACUAGCAUAUCCAGUCAAAGAGCCAAUUAAAGCCAAAGAAAAAGAGAAUUAUGAGCCUCAUUUUGACAUGAAAAACCUAGAAAGAGACAAUACAAAAGCUAAAGACACUGGAAUGAAGAAAGAACCCAAAAGGAAGCAUAAUGAAGAUGUCAACCCAAAAAUGCUAGAAAGUUCAAGAAAGGCAUUCAACAAACGGGUUGCUUACAAACGAACAAGGCUCAAGAUGAUGGAAAACGGGGAGCUUACACUUCCACCUGAAACAACAUAG